GUGGGAGGUAGCAGCUAGUGGGUUGGGACCCCCUGAGUGGAGUUCCAGAGUCCAUACAAGCACCGGGGCUCCGUCUGGGGCCUAGAAUUUGGAGUGGCAGAGGUAGAAAGAACCUCAGAGAAUCAGAUCUUCCUUUUCUGAGAAACGGGCUUAGAGACCAGCACUGGUCUGGCAGUGAGGACAUAAGGCCUCUAAGACCCCGCCCCUCUCUCCCUUCCCCAUGGUCUCCGAUUUCCCACGUGGGAAACUGGCCUGGGAUGGCUCACACUCUCUCUUGGACCUUGCUUCAUGGGUUUGGAGAGCCACCCCGGGGGUCUCUAGGAGGGGAGUGGAAAAGCUGAGAGGCAGAAGAGUGCCCCAGGCAGAGGACAGGCAGUCUUCCUCCGCCCUGGCUGUGCCUUUACUGUUGGGCCACGUCUUGGACAAGCUGCCACCCAGCCUGGUUUCUCCAUAGGUGCAAUGGGUACACAGAGUGUAGUUCAUGGGGACACAGGAAACAGUCCACAGAUGGAGCUGUUACUCUUAUUGUCAGAUAUUACCCAGACUUGGAGGGGAGGAACAGUGGGGAUUCAGUCCCAUCCUGGAAUAAGGUCUUUUAGGAGAUCCCAGAGCUGGCCAAAGAGGGAUGGAAUCCCAGCAGGGCUUGUGAGUUUGUAGCCUCACAUUUGGUGCUCCCAUGCCCCCACCUUUUUGUACUCAAGGCUGUCUUCAUGGCCCCAGAUGCUCCCAGACUCAGUCCCCCACCCCUCAGCUGAGACACUGAGACCGGGCUGGGACAGGAGCUGCAUGUACCCUGUACCGUCAGGACUCCCAUGUCCUGGUCUCCCAUCUGUCCUGAGCUGGCUGGAGCACAGCCCUUGGCAGGUCCCCCCUCCCCAAACCAUCCUGGAGUCUCAUGCGGAGUGCCCACAUGGAGACUCUGCCAGGCAGCCUGCUCUUGGGCCGGGCCACAGAGUGGACUGGCCGCUUCAAAGGCUGUCUUUGUUUCAGCUCCAGCUCCAGCUAAGAGAAACUUAAGCCAACGACCUCGGGCUAGGAGGUGUGGCUGUGUCUGCUGGUUGUUACUGCUGCUGCUGUUACCAUUAUUGUCGUAAUUGACACGGUGCUCCCAGUGGGUGACUUUUCAUGAAAGGAAGUGUCUCUUCCUUCCCGUCACACCAAGGGUGAAUGAGGUGGGGCAGGCAGGGGUUUCGAGAGAGGGAGGGAAGAAAGAGAAACUGUGUGGCCUUGAACUAGUCACAGCCAAGCCCCUCUCAGCUUCAGCAGUAUCUAAGAUCCAGUAGCUCAUACCUCAUCCAUGUGGCUCGUAUUUAUGGAGCAUCUGCUCCCUCCUAAGCACUGCUCUGGGCACUGAGACACAGCGGGGAGUGAGCAGGACAGGCAGACCACAGAUCUCAUUGAGGGGUGUGCACACGUGCACACACUGGGUGUGGUCUGUGGGGGAAGCCUCAUGUCUCACUGUGUUUUGCUUAGGAUGUUGGGCCCUUGGGGUCUAACACACCCACCUUACAGAUGGGCAAACUGAGGUACAGAAGCACCCAUGUGGUGUUAGAGACCCUCCCCAUCCUUCCUCCUGCCCCAAUUUCAUCUGCUUUCAGUUCAUCAGGUAGGGCAGGCCCAGGUUCUUGUCAGCAGGUUAACUGGGAAUGCUGUGAUGGGAGACUGCACAUCCUCUGGGGAGAGGAGGCAGGUUUUCACCCUCUGAGCACAGAGAAGGAACUUGGGGCCUCCCUGCUCCCAUUAAAAAACUCAAUCUCAGGGUUCAAUGUCUUGGGACAGGCAGACUGCCCUGGUUUUAAGUCCUAGCUUUGCCUCUAGUAAGCUGUGUGAUCUCAGGUGAGUUACUGACCCUCUCGGAACCUCAGAUCUGGUUUCUGUAAAGAGAGGGACACAAUACCCACCGGGUGCUGGAAGAUGCAGUGAGCCAGUGUACAGAAGUGUUUAGUCCAGCGCCUAGCAGAGACUGAUUUGAGUUGGUGGAGUAGGUAGAGUGGAAAGAGAGGGAGGGGGCGGCUUGAGAACAGGUGGGCUUCACUUCGGGAGCACCCUCUUUCAGAGUUAGUGACUGAAAUUAACCUCUUCACUGCCGCAGUUUAAGGAUCUAGGGUUAAGCUUGACUUCAACACGAGCCGAGCCCUGGAGUUGAACAGAAACAGAUUUCUAAUAGGAAGGGCCGGAGCCAUCCUGUUGCCCAGCCCCUGGCCAUGUCCACUCACUGUCUGGUGAGGGGCUGGGUCAGGUCACAGCAGCCCAGAGAUGAGGAAAUGGCAGGGGGCUGUGAGCAAAGCCCUGCUGUUGAGUGUCCAGGCUCUUCUCACACUAUUAUCUGGCUGCACAAAACUCAGGGAAUAAGCUCAACAGGGAUGCACAGGCCCGGGAGCAGGAGCCUCUGAGCCCAUGCGGAGCACUGAAUCUGCGGAGACACGAGGUCCUGCAGAGGAAGAUGCCAUAUCAGAAAGGUGUUACUAUUCUUCAAAGUAAUUUCUAAAUUUAAAUGCAAUUCAAUCAAAAUCUGAGUGUUUCUUCUUCCCCUUUUCUUUUUCUUUCUCUCUCUCCCUUUUUUGGCAAUGUGAUAAAAUCAUCCUAAAGUUCAGAUGGAAUUUUUUAAGAAGAGUAAUGAUGGGGGACUGAGGCUCUGGGUAGUGAGUAGUAUUACAAAGCUCCAGAAAUGAAAACUGUACGUGCACCCAGCAUUUACAGUGAGUGAGACAGAAUAGAAGGUCCAAAACCAGCCCCUCAAAGUGUUCCUUACAAGUCUUUAGAUUGUGGGAAAAGUAACAUUUCAAUUUAUUGGGGGAGGGAGAGGGUCAGUCAGUCAAUGCUGGGACCACCUAACCCAUGGGGAAAUACAGUGAAAUCUCCAUCUCAAACCUUACAGAUCCCAGAUGGAUUAAGAUAAACAGUCAUCAUCAUCAUUAUUGUCAUUAUUGCUUCCUGGAUGGAAAAGACAAUGUCUGAAUGGCAAUCCUCUGGAGAUCAGAGGUUUUCUUUUUGGAAUUGAAUCCACCUCUGUUACAACAGGGCAUCUGAGACUUUGUGCUCAGAAAGGAUCUAAACCCAUAAGCUCAGGGCAAGACAGUAGCUCAGUGGCUCGUGGGCAGCAGUAGUCACUCUGGGGCAGGUAGGUUUCUCCUGCCUCUGCAGCUGGAUGUGGCUGGGAGACUGGGAUGGCUGGUCUGUAAGCCCCUUCUCUCCCCUGCAGAGCCAGGAGAGGAGCCUGGCCCCACUGUCACGGGCCCUGCAUUGGGAGGUAUGAGCUGGGAGCUGGGCAGGCAGGAGGACUCACCUGUCACCUGUGACAGGGGAUUUCGAACUUACUUUUAAUAGCAGAACUCUUUCCAAAUGAAGAUUUACCUGGAACCCUGAUCUACCAAUGACUGGGGAAGGGAGAGAUAGGGCAGCCGGGACAGGACUGAGGGCACCCUGGGGAAGGAGGGCAAGAACUCUCCCCUCUCCUUCAUCUAAGGCUGUGGGAGUGGGGGCCCAGAAUGCCCCGACAGGACCAGAGAGCACAUAGCCCCAGGCGAGAGGGAAUGGAGGCCGAGUUCACUCAGGGACUUAGCUGCACACAGAGAUAAAGAGUGUUUCCCUUUGUGGCUCUAGACAAGCUCUAAUCCCUUUUCCGUCUGGGGUUAAACAGCUCAGAUUGGUGACCUCCUUUUCAGGUAACCCGAGUGCCUGACUCCAGGAGAUUUUCCUGGGAGAGUGUGGCCCCGGCAGAGCUCACCAACUCCGGAACCGAGCAGAAGGGACUAGAGAUCCUCUGGCCGCGGGGUUCUGAACCUGGCCAUCCCCAGGGAUCCCCUGGGGAGCUUUAAACCACGAUGCCCCUUGCAGGACCUUAACUCAAACUCACGUGGGGGUGGAGUGGGUGGGGUAGGAGACAGGCAUCAGUGUCUUUUAAAUGCUUCCCAGGUGAUUCUAAUAGGCCCUGGUCCUACCGCCUUAUUUCUCUGAGGCCUGAAGACAGUGACUUGCCAGGGUCACAUAGCAUAUUUGCAGCAGGGCUCUAGUGAGAAGCCCCAUCACAGGAACAGAUGGAGAGAGUCCUUCGGAGCUGAGCAUCUGAGCCAACAGGAAAGAAGGGACAGAGGAUGUGAAAGCAGAGAAGAGAAGUCAAGAAGGGAGAGGAUAAAAGCUGGUGGAAGCUCCAGUGACCUGGAAGAUUUCAGGAUUCAAGGAUGCACCUCCUAUCAAAGGAAAAAGGAAACAGUCAGAGGAGGGUGAACCCCUACACCCUCCUGUGUCCCCUCAACCCGAUGGUGAGCAGAGCAGGAGCCAGAGCCCUGUCCAGCUGGAGGACUCCCCCGAGGCAGGCGGGGAGCGGGAGGAGGCGCAGGAGCGGGAGGAGGAGCAGGCCUUCCUGGUCAGCCUCUACAAGUUCAUGAAGGAGCGACACACGCCCAUCGAGAGGGUGCCCCAUCUCGGCUUCAAGCAGAUUAACCUGUGGAAGAUCUACAAGGCAGUGGAGAAGCUAGGGGCAUAUGAACUGGUGACCGGCCGCCGCCUCUGGAAGAACGUGUAUGACGAGCUGGGGGGCAGUCCAGGCAGCACCAGCGCCGCCACAUGCACGCGCCGCCACUACGAGAGGUUGGUCCUCCCAUACGUACGGCACCUGAAGGGUGAGGAUGACAAGCCGCUGCCUCCCUCCAAGCCCAGGAAGCAGUACAAGAUGGCCAAGGAGCCUCGGGGGGACGACAGGGCCACUGAGAGGCCAAAGAAGGCCAAGGAAGAGAAGCAGGUGGACCAGAUGAUGCCAAGAAAGACCAAAACAGACAUCCCUGACCUGGCCAGGCUUCCCAGCCAGGAGCCCUCCAGAGACAGCACAGAACAGCCAGGCCCAGCCCCCGGGCCCUCUCUGCCCUCUGUGGGUGCCAGCGGGUGCCCUGAGGCCUACAAGCGGCUCCUGUCCAACUUCUAUUGCAAAGGGACACAUGGUAUCAUGUCACCACUGGCCAAAAAGAAGCUCCUGGCCCAGGUGAGCAAGGUGGAGGCCUUGCAGUGCCAGGAGGAGGGCUGUCACCAUGGGGCAGGUGGCCCUAACAGGGAGCCUCCGGUAUCCCCAGCUGUUCAGCCCCUGGAGAGUCCCCGGAGCCCAGGAGGGCUGGCUGAGAACUCCAGGCACCAGCUGACACCUCAGGAGGGAACGCAGGCCCCUGGUGGCAGCCUCGGGGAGGAGGCUCAGGCCAGCCCUCGCCCGUCAGCCCCCAUCUUCACUGGCUGUUUCCACGCCUACCCCACCGAGGUGCUGAAGCCUGUCAGCCAGCACCCCCGGGACUUCUUCCCCAGUCUUAAAGAUGGGGUGUUACUGGGGCCGCUUGGCAAAGAGGAGGGGCUGCCAGCCAAAGAGCCCCAGUUGGUGUGGGGCGGGGAUGCCGAUCGCCCCUCUGCAUUCCACAAGGGUGGCUCCCAAAAGGGCAGCCUCUACCCCAAGCCCAAAGCCUGCUGGGUGUCCCCCAUGGCCAAGGUCCCUGCCGAGAGCCCUGUGCCCCUGCCCACCUUUACAAGCAGCCCAGGCCUGGGCAACAAGCGCAGCCUCGAGGAAGAGGGCUUGGCCCAUGGUGGCAAAAAACUGCGGGCAGUGUCUCCCUUUCUUAAGGAGGUGGAUGCCAAGGAGUGUGGGGCUAAGUCUCUGGGGCCUGGCUUGGCCGUCUCCUGCCUGCUGGGCCCGGCCCUGGGGCCUGCCCUCCCAGAGGCCUACAGGGGCACCAUGCUGCGCUGCCCGCUGAACUUUGCUGGCACCCCGGACCCCUUAAAGGGCCAGGCCACACUCCCCUUCAGCCCCCUGGUCAUCCCAGCCUUCCCGGCACACCUUCUGGCCACUACAGCACCCUCGCCCAUGGCUGCUGGCCUGAUGCACUUCCCCCCAGCAUCCUUCGACAGUGCCCUCCGCCACAGACUUUGCCCGGCCUCGUCUGCGUGGCACGUGCCGCCUGCCACAACCUACGCAGCGCCCCAUUUCUCUUUCCACCUCAACACCAAGCUGUAGGUUUGAGUCCGCAGUGCUGUGCGGUGCUGUGCAGGGUCUGACAUGGCCCGGGAUGGGUGGGCACUGCCUGCGGGCUCUGAGCUGGAGCCCACUCCUCAGGAGAGCUCAGCUGUGCUCGAUGCAGGAUCAUGCCCCUGGCUGGGCACAAAGAGAGGCUGCAGACAAAUGGUUUUCUCUCAAGGAGGGAGUCCAAGCCUGGGAACUGGGGGCCCAGUGGUUGCAAGGCCUUGGAAGAAGACAGUGCGAGGCUGGCAGCUCCUGGCCAGGGCCCCAGAACAGGCCAAGGAUGGGGUGAGGGGCCAAGGAGCUGGCUGGCAGCUUGAGGUGUCCAGGCUGCCCAUGGAAAAUCCAAUAAAAUACCUGUGAAUCUA